GUCAAGUACAAAAAUGCUAUUCAGUAACGCUUUUUUUUCACAUUUUGCGGUUUAUUUCAUUUUAGCUGUAUUUGUUUUAUCAAAUGGCUACCAAUUCUAUUGUUGAUAUUACCAAACUAUCCCCAAAGUUUCAAGACUUGUACGCGAAAGCCGUCGAUUUCGUCGAGAAUGAAUGUAUUCCUGCUGAAAAGACUUUCGCUUUACAAAUGGGUCAAGGCGAUCAGCGCUGGAAGAUUGUUCCGCCUGUGAUUGAAGAGUUGAAGGCCAAGGCCAGAAAAUUGGGCCUGUGGAAUUUGUUCUUGGGUCAAGAUUAUCCCGAAGGAGCUGGUCUCACCAAUUUGGAAUAUUCUUUGAUUGCCGAGGUAACCGGUCGUUCCCCUAAGCUCGCUCCUGAAGCGAUGAACUGUUCUGCUCCGGACACUGGCAACAUGGAAGUGUUUGCAAAAUACGGUACACCUGCUCAAAAGGAAAAAUGGCUGGUUCCCUUACUUGAAGGAAAGAUCCGUUCCGCUUUUGCCAUGACUGAACCUCGUGUUGCAUCUUCCGACGCCACCAACAUUGAAACCAGUAUUCGUCGCGAAGGCAAUGAAUACGUGAUUAACGGCUUGAAGUGGUGGAUUUCCGGUGCCGGAGACCCUCGUUGUGCUGUUUAUCUUGUGAUGGGAAAGACCGAUCCCGACAAUAAGAACAAGCAUCGCCAACAAAGUAUUGUGGUCGUGCCUGCAGAUACUCCUGGUAUUACUGUUGUUCGACCUAUGCAAGUGUUUGGGUUCGAUGACGCCCCUGAAGGUCAUUGCGAAAUGGUUUUCAAGAAUGUCCGGGUGCCUGUUGAAAAUAUCAUUCUUGGUGAAGGUAGAGGUUUCGAGGUGAUUCAAGGCCGUCUCGGUCCUGGUCGUAUUCAUCACUGCAUGCGCUGUAUCGGUAUGGCCGAACGUGCUCUUGAAUUGAUGAUUCAUCGUGUCACCGAUCCUUCCCGUCGUACUUUUGGCAAGAUCCUUGCUGAUCAUGGCACGAUUGUGGCUGACAUUGCCGACUCGCGUAUCCAAAUCGACCAAGCUCGUUUCUUGGUUUUGAACGCUGCCAAGAAAAUUGACGAAGCCAAAGCAAAAGGUGCCAUGAAGGAAAUCGGUAUGGCCAAGAUCGUGGCACCUAAUAUGUUGUUGAGUGUCCUUGACAAAUCCAUGCAAGCUCAUGGCGCUGCUGGUAUUUCGCAAGAUACACCUUUAGCUCAUUUUUAUGCUUCUGCUCGUACACUUCGUUACGCCGAUGGUCCUGAUGAGGUCCACCGCAACCAACUGGGCAAGACUGAACUCCGUCGUGCGGCCGAGAUCACUGCCAAACUGAGCGCUCAAAAGGAUAAGAGCAAUAGACUCGCUUCUAAACUUUAAAAUAUCCUUUCUUCCUUGUAUUAUACAGUUUCAAUCACAAUUAUUUUUUAUAUGGAACACGCUUCUUGGCUGUGACGCGGAUCCACAGCGACCGAUAUUUUUUUAACGUCAAACGAUUGGUCUUAUACCAAUUUACCUUAUCUCCAAACUAUGCUUACAUCUCUUGAAUAACGAAAGAAGAGCAAAGUGAUAUGAUUCCUUGCCUGGUCAAGGAAGGAGGGUUG